UAGAUACAUUCGAUAGCCUACUUUAAAAGGUGGGUGAAUUACUAACCGGUUCUCAACCUCAAAGUUUUCUGAUACCACUUUCCUAUUCAAAACACGCGCUACUGUUUGUCAGUCGCCUAUCAUCUGAACUACGGGUUGCAGAAUGGCUGACGACGCUGAUGAAAUCGCCGUUGUUGGCAUUGGCUGCAAUUUUCCGGGAGGAGAGGGAUUGGACCACUUCUGGGAUGUACUUCGGAAUGCGAAGAACUGUACGGUUGAGAUUCCAAACGAGAGGUUUGACCGCUCCUACUGGUGUGACCAAGAUGAUAACAAACCUGGGAAAUCUCGUGCCUCUAAAGCUGCACUCAUUCAUGGAUUUAAUGAGUUUGACCACAAAUUCUUUGGGAUCACUGAUGCUGAGUCAGACAAGAUGGAUCCUCAGCACAAGCUGCUGCUGCAGUGUUCCUACAGAGCUCUGGAGAAUGCUGGGAUACCCAUGGAGAAGGCCAGUGGCACCAGAACAGGAGUGUUCAUGGGUUUGAUGAACCGAGACUAUGAAAUGUACACUGUGAAAUCCAACCCAAAGACCAUCAAUCACUGCACUGGCACUGGAAUAGCUAUGAGCAUCGCUGCCAAUCGGAUCUCCUACACCUUCAACUUCACUGGACCCUCCCUGGCCAUUGACUGUGCCUGUUCCUCAUCUCUUGUUGCUCUUCACAUUGCAUGCCAGGCCAUAAAACAAGGUGACUGUGAGAUGGCCAUGUGUGGUGGUGUGAGCUGCAUCAUGGAGCCAGUACUCUUCGUGGCCCUCAGCAAAGCCAAGAUGAUCUCACCUGAGGGCACCAGUAAACCAUUCACUAGCAGGGCAGAUGGCUACGGCAGAGGGGAGGGCUGUGGAGUUGUCCUGCUGAAGCCACUGAAAAAGGCUCUUCAAGACUCUGAUCAUGUUUGGGGCAUAAUCAGGAAGACUGCAGUGAACCAAGAUGGUCGCACUGUCACUCCGAUCACCAAGCCGUCCAUGGUUCAGCAGAAAGAGCUUCUCAGCAGGAUCUACUCCACAGAGAGUGACCUGACGAGUGUCCAGUACAUAGAGGCUCAUGGGACUGGAACACCAGUAGGUGACCCAAUAGAGGCAAACAGCAUCUCUAACGUUAUUGCCAAAGCCAGACCCCCAGGAUCAGAGACUCUCAUUAUAGGCUCUGUGAAAAGUAACAUUGGACACACUGAAUCAGCAGCUGGUGUAGCAGGAUUGAUUAAGGUGCUCCUUAUGAUGAAACAUGAGACGAUUGUUCCAUCAGUGUUCUACUCAGAAGACAAUAGUAGCAUAGAUCCAAAAGCUCUGAAUCUCAGAAUACCAACUAGGGUAGAGAAAUGGAAAAGCCCUCCUCCAGAUGGAAGAGUGGCAGGAAUCAAUAACUUUGGUUUUGGUGGGACCAAUGCCCAUGCAAUUGUCCAGCAGCAAAAACAGCCACAAAUACUAAAAGCUUCAGUUAGCAAAAAGCAUCCGUUUUUUGUGCUCUCUGCAGCCUCUGAAAAAUCACUUGCCAUGACAAUUGAAGACACAGCAGAUACACUUCAGAAAGAGAUCACGGCUGAUCUCCAAGCUAUAGCGUACACAUCAGCAUGCAGGAGAACUCACUUAAAGCACAGGUACAGAAAGGCCUUGCGCUCCACCACACUUACAGACUUGACAGACCAGCUUAGAUCUGCUCUCAACAAAAAGAUAGUCCAGUCAAAGGCAGACCCCAAAUUAGUGUUUGUAUUCUGUGGCAAUGGUGUAACUUACAGAGGCAUGUGCAGGCAGCUCCUCAGAGAAGAGCCUAUUUUCCAAGAGAAAGUAAAGGAGAUUGAGACUCUUUUCCAAAGCUACGAUAGUUUAAGCAUCAGAGAACAGCUAGAGGCAGAGACAGAUGAGAAUGAUGAUUUCUCAAAGCCUGAAGUCAUCCAGCCACUGCUGUUUGCUAUCCAAGUUGCUAUUGCUACUCUCCUGAAGCACUGGGGUGUCAGAGCAGAUGCUGUCCUUGGGCAUUCUGUGGGAGAGGUUGCUGCUGCUCAUUGCUCUGGCCUGUUGUCUCUUGAGGAUGCAGUGAAAGUCAUCCAUUACCGCAGUGCUUUACAAAGCAAGGUCACAGGAGGGAAAAUGCUGGUUGCCAGCAACAUGGCAGUGUCAGAGGUCUUAAAUCUUCUGCCCGCUUACUCAGGAAAGGUUUGUCUGGCAGCAUACAACAGUCCUCAAUCUUGUACAGUAUCAGGGGAUGCAGAGGCCAUUGUCAAACUACACCAAAAGUUAAGCAGCAGUGACAAAUCCAAAAAUACUUUUCUUCGCAUUUUGGAUGUUCCUGCUGCCUACCAUAGUCACAUGAUGGAUCCCAUUCUGUCUGAGAUAAGGGAUCGUAUAGGAAUCAUGCAAGAAAAUGCCAAGGAGACAGAACUGUUCUCAACAGUGACAGGAAAUGCCGUGUCCCCUACGGAUUUUGUCAGUGGCGAGUACUGGGCCCAGAACAUCCGUGAGCCUGUAUUGUUUGAACAAGCUGUGAGAGCAGCAGCCAAAGACCGAAAGAAUGUGGUCUUUGUAGAGAUCGGCCCAAGACCAGCUUUGCAGAGGAACAUCAUAGAGACUCUGGGUAAUGAUGUUACAGUUCUCUCCUCUGUCCAGCCAGAAAAAGAUCAUGAGACAAUGCUCAUAACAGUAGGAAAGUUGUUUGAGGCAGGGUUUAAUGUAGACUGGGACCAAUUUUACAAAGGCUUUAGGGCCCUACCAACACCCUUUCCAAGAUAUCAGUUUGACAAUGCUAAAAAAGAUGUAAUUAUUGAUUCAGUACACAACACUAACACUAGCAGCCAUCCUGUGAUAUCCAAGUCUGGGACAGAUGGUAAUACCUUCACUUGUGAUCUGACAUCUGACUCACUGUCGUAUUUGUAUGAGCACAAAAAUAAUGGUGUUGCAAUCAUUCCAGGAGCCUUUUAUGUUGAGUUGGGCCUUGCUGCAUAUAUGGAAAAUGCCAAACCCAAGGUCCCACUCAACACUCUGCAGCUCAGUAUCAAUUUCCAGAGUCCUUUUGUUUUCAGCCAGAAUGCCCCUGACAUGAAAGCACAGCUUGAACCAGCAGGGAAUCUGACUAAUUUCAAAAUAUUCUCCCAGUCGGCCACCUAUGCCUCUGGCACAGUGGAGCACAGGCAAGGGAGGUUUGUCGAGGAGCAGAGAAUAGCACUGGACAGCAUCCGCCAGAGAUGUCAGUCAGUUGUAAAUGCUGAUGAGUUCUACAAGUCUCUCUGUCUUGGGGGGUUUGAGUAUGGUACAGUGUUCAGGAACAAAGGAGAUGUGUACUAUGGAGAGGACCUCAGAGAAGCUUAUUCUGUUGUAACCGUAUCUGAGGAGCUGCUUCCUCAGCUACACGAUUACCACAUUCAUCCCGUUGUGUUAGACUAUCUGAUGCAGCUGGUGCCUGUCACAGUUGCUCAUGGAUUUCUUGCCCGGCCCGGGUUUCCCUCAAGGAUAGGGACGAUAACAGUCAUGCAGCCUCUGCAGAGCGAAAUGGUGGUCUAUUUGAGAGCAGUGACUGUGGGAGCAGAUGAUUUUGAAAUCUGUGGGUGUUUCACAGACAAAGAGGGUGCAGUUUUGAUUGAAUUGAAGCAUGUAAUGAUCAGGUUCCUUGGAAGUCGCUCUCGAGUUGUGGAGGAGUACUUCUACCAUAACACCUUCAAUGCGAUUAGUCUGAACAGUGAACGCACUACGUUCCCCAGAGCAUUGGUCUUUACUGACCAGUUAGGGGUGUCUGAAGCCUUGAAAAAUCACUUGAGCCCAGCCUCCAGGUUUUUACCCUUACAAAGUGCCAAGGUAUUGUUGAAUCAUGGAUUCCCAGCAUUUCUCUCAGAGCUGAAGAUUCCUGAUGUGAGAAAAUCCUUUACAGAGGUUUUGUUCAUGUGGGGUCAUGGUGACAUAACCAACCGCAAAGCUGAUUACAUCCUAGAGAACAUUGCUGGUUUCUGUGAGAUUCUCCGUCAGAUAGUUGUCUAUCUGAAGGCUAUUCAUUUCUCAAACUCCAUCAGAGUGGUGACUUAUCAGUCUACUGGAGACAGAAUAGAUCACAUAAGUCCAGGGUUUGUGCUUUCUGGCAUGACACGAGCAUGUGCAGCGGAGAUCUCAAACCUCUCCUUUCAGCUGAUUGACAUUAGCUCUGAGUCAGCUGAAGACAUCAGGGCCCUUUCCCAGGUCUUGACCUCCUACCCCUGCAGCAAAUACCCAGAACUGGUGGUGAAAGAUGGGCAGGUUUUCCAGCCACAAAUUACUCACACCUCAACACCAGACUUAAAUAGUCCUGAGAGAAAGGUUCACUGUUCACAGGCAGAACGCUUUUCUUUGCAGACGGCUAACCCUUAUAAGAUGACCAAAUUGUCAGCCAUUCCAUCUGAGAAAGAGGCAGGUCAGAUUGAGGAGCGAAAUGUUGAGGUUGAACUCAACGAAAUAUGUGUGCAUUCCUCAGACUACUUCCCGGUCAGUGUCUCUGACUUCAAUUUUGGCCAGACGAUAUACUGGAAUAAACACACAUCUCAGAUCCAGAAGCUCCUGGCUCUUGAUUUCAGUGGCACAGUCACUGCUGUGGGGAAGAGUGUGAGCAAACUGAGAGUGGGAGACCACAUUGCAGCCUGCUACCCCAUAGCAGCAGCUUCAAAGGUUGUUAUUCCAGCAGAGGUUUGCUACAAAACAAAGAAACUUCCCGUCUUCAAAGAAGCUCCAUGCCUGUCACAUUUUGCCCUUGCAUGGGAGGUCUUGCAUCAUGCAAUGUCAAAGCCAAAACAACACGGCCAUUUGGGCAUUAUCACCUCUGCCCCUGACUCUAAUCUUGUGAGGAUCUUGAUGCUCACAGCAAAAAAGACAGGGUGGAAUGUCACAGUAGGAGCUGAUCCUAGCUCCAGUUUUGACAAAGUUGAUGCAGUUGUUCUACUUCCUCCAUUUCAUGAAUCUAUGGUUGAAAAAGUGGGGAAAAUGUCCACUAAUACAGAAACCAUUAUCAUUUGUGACAACCACACAAACACCUUAUUCACCCAAAGGGCUUGCAGAGGUGAAAAUACGCGAACACAGAUCAUCUACAUGUCCAGCAUUUUGCAGAAGUUGUCCCUGCAAAUGCACAAGCCACAUAUCUACCGGUGGCUCAGAUUAAUGCAGUUGGACAAGAAGUCACUGGCUUUUAAGAAGUCGACUUUUCAAAGGAUGAAUUCUGGUUGCAUAGAAUUCCUUCCCAUCGAGGAAUCAGAAUCUUACUUCAGUUGUAAGACACUGCCGGUGCUGAUGCUGAAAAACAGCACUGCACUGUCUGAUAUCCCUUUGCUGCCCAAACCCAAACAGCUAUUCCACAAGAAUGCAGUGUACAUUGUGACCGGUGGACUGACUGGGCUGGGGUUUGAAACGGUAAAGUUCAUUGCCCAGAGAGGUGGAGGACACAUUGUUAUCUUCUCCAGGAGCAGUCCUUCCCCACAGGUCCUGGAUGACAUAAGCAAUGUCCAGAACCAAUGCUCUGCUGUCAUUACUAGCCUUAAAUGUGAUGUGUCCAAUUCUGCAAAUGUCCAGCAAGCAGUCACUCAGGUUGGUCAGAGUUUUCCCACUUGUCCAAUCAGAGGAGUAUUCCACAGUGCAGUUGUGCUUCACGAUGGGUUCAUUGAAGGCCUCAAUAAGUCCCUCUAUGAGAAAGUCAUGUGUCCAAAAGUGAAUGGUGUGUUGAAUCUGCACCAUUCCACCCGGCACUGUGAGCUAGACUAUUUUGUCUGCUACUCCUCCAUCUCCUCAUUCCUGGGAAAUGCCUCUCAGACAAACUAUGCCUCGGCAAAUGCAUUUUUGGACACAUUCUGUCAGUACCGCAGGAACCUUGGACUUCCUGGCCAGUCCAUCAACUGGGGGGCCCUGAACCUUGGUCUUCUGUUGAACAAAGACAAUUUUCAAAAGUUUCUUGAGGCAAAGGGGAUGAUGGUGUUGGGCGUCACUGAAAUUCACGAGAGUCUAGAGCAAUGCCUCCUGUUAAACAAACCACAGCAGACAGUGUGUAAAUUCAACUUCAAAAACCUUAGGAACCAUGUUCUCUCUGAAAACACCUCCCUCUCCAUGCGCUUGACAGCAAUAGUGGAGGACGGUCUCCGGAGAGCCAAAAUGUCCGAUCAUGUAUCAGCCCAUAAAACCUCAGUGUCUUCACCAAGUGAAUAUGUCCGGUCUGUGCUCAGUGAAACCAUCGGAGUUGAGUAUGAUGAGCUAAAUGAGGAAACAUCCCUCUCGACUCUUGGUAUUGACUCCAUGUUAGCUAUGACUCUCCAGAAUCUGAUCUUCCAGGAAAGAGGUGUAAAUAUCCCUCUGGUUAAAUUAUUAGACCCCAACAGUACUGUUGGUACUCUGGCAACAAUACUGAUGGAGCAUUCUAAUGAUGAUUAUGAAUAUGAGAAUGAGAAGGUUGUCUUUGAAACUUCACUUUAAAUUAAUGUGUAGAAAAACACGUCUGAAUAAAUACCUAUUUUGUGGCAACCUGAAAUUGAAAUUGCAUCAUGACAGUACAUAUAACAAAAAUGUAAUGACUUGAUAAUAUCAUGUAAUCAGGUAGAAAUAACAAAACUGUGUUUUGCAUUGCUAUUGUAAGAUUAUAUAAUUAACAGUGUAAUGAUUUAAUUCACAAGUCUGUACAUGUUAAAACAUGUUGUGGUUUUGCUAUUAAUUCUGUUUGUAAUAUUGUGUAACAUUAGCAAAAUACCAUAACAGUUUCAUAAUGCAUAUUUUGUGUUAGUUUUUGUUCUUGAUGUUGAGAAGCUCCUUGGUGUAAUUUUUAAUCUGCGGUGUUUCAAAAUUCAUAUACUGUUUCUACACAAUAUUACAUAUUAAAACUUUCUGUGGACAUAA